AUGAAAUACAAAAGAACGGGGACUGAAUAUGGUUUCCAAACAAAGCCAGCCUACGGCGCUCCAUGGACAAAAGCUCUCGCUCUUUGGGAAAAAGAUGAUGUGGGAAAAUAUGUUGUUACGAACGCCGACAACUUGGCUCUCUUCUCGCUUUCGACAUGGGUGGACCACAAGAAUGGACUAUAUCCAAGCUGGCCCCCAGCCAGACCCGUGCCUGAUCCGACUUACGCCCCCCAAUUCUUCAGUGAAGCAGACGCUGCAGCCAACCCCGAUGUUCAUGGCUGUGUUACCGAUGACCCGAACGGCGCAACUGGUCCUGCUUUAGAUAUACCGGGCCCCUCAAACACAGAAAAUUAUAUCGAUUGCAACAACAAUGGCAAUAUCGAGUGGGCGACCGCGCCUUCGGUGUCCCAUGACUUCGCUACAAACUCAUUGAGGACAUUCUGCGAUAAUGUCAACAGGCAGAGAACAGCAACUUUCGCUGUACCAAACACCGCCAACAGAAAAUUGUUUCUCGGAGCUCUCCUUCAAACUGAUGAUCCGGCAUGUACUGUGCUAAAUGUAUCCCCAAGUGAAUGCAUGUCGCAGAUGAGCAACAUAUUCGCCAGUUGCGAUUCGAGUUCACCCAGCAGAAAGUAUGGCGGAGUCAGUGUCUCGGGGUGCGUCUCUUGGGCAGCGGGUGUCGAUGGCAAACGGGGUGCUGUAAAGGAUCCCGAAGCUCCAUUCUCUUGUUCCUUAAUGGUUUCGGGGAACUCCUUGAACUGUGCUUGCACAGACGGCGAGCUGUACCCUCUGCUAAACGAGACUUGUGGCUAUGUCGCACCCCCAAGCAGCCCAAGCUCGAACGUUGGAGGUCAACAGAUUGCUAUUGCCUCUUACACCAACCCACUUGGGGAUCCAGAUGCCUGGGAAAGACUGAUCUCUUUCGACUCGGGCAAGGUCAGUAUAUUGGUCGCCAAUGUCUUGAAUGGUCCAGACUACGUGGUUGAUCCAUCUUGGAAAUCGGUAAUUCAGAAAGCCGCUGCUUCUGGGAAAACAGUGAUUGGAUACGUUCGAACUGGUUAUCUUGGACAGGCGCACGAUUUCAAGACCAGAUUAGGCUCACAGGAUCUAGCAGACUGGGCCUCACAAAUUGAACAAGAUGUUGACAAGUGGUACGAGCUAUAUCCAAAUGGCAUCGGGGGGAUCUUUUUCGACGAGGGCUGGCCAUCUUGCGGCCGUAAUAAUAUCUACUCCGACCUUUAUACUUACAUCAAUGCCUACACUAAAAGAAAGCAUCCUGGAGCAUACACAGUCCUGAACCCCGGAUCAACUAUGGAGCAAUGCUUUGAAGAUACUAUAGACACGCUGUUAACUUUUAAAAACAGAUAUGAGGCCUACAUAUCAUCAGAGUAUGCUGAUAAUACUUGGACACCCAAGGACGACCGCAAGAUCUGGCACAUUAUCUACAGAGUUCCACAGAACAAAAUUAUAGAAGUUACUGAACUUUCUCGCCAGCGCCAUGUAGGAUACUUGGAGAUAACAGACGAUAACAAGGACAAUCCUUACGACAACGUUCCUAACAAUGCAUAUAUGAAUACAGCAAUGAAUUCUGUUCCAGGUGGCAGUGUUCGUAAAGAUGUGGCGACUGCACUCAGUGGAUCAUAUAUCGCUAGUGUCCCUAGCGAUGCUAAUGUUAUCGCCUCGGAUUACACCUCAGCCACUAUCACUUGGUCCCCAGUACCUAACGCUCUUGGUUAUGCUGUAUACUAA